GACAAAAGUGUCAUUGACCGAGUUAAAAUAUCACGACUUACGAAUAAGGUUUCGUGUAAUUGGAUUGUUGUAUUAAAAACUGAUUUUAUGAAUUAAUUUCAUUAAUAAGAAACCAGCACCAGUCUUCAAAAUGUGGCUCGAUCAAGCAGAUGGAUUUGAUGAAAUAUUUAAGGGAUAUUUGCCUUAUUAUUUACUAGUAAUGUUUCCAAUUUUGAUUAUAAUGUCUCCGGUCAAUCCCGUUGCAGCUUCUCAUGAAUUUUCCGUGUAUAGAAUGCAACAAUACGAUCUUCACACAGUGCCCCAUGGAUGUCGCAGUGCAAGCUUCAACCUGGAAGGCAGAUCCCUUACUUCAUGGAGUACUUCUCGUCAUUGUGUGGUAGCAAGAAUCCAAGACAUCACAAUUGAGCAGUUUAUUGACAUCAGAAGCAAAGCUGGUGCUCUCUUGCUUGUGCUUCCUAAAAAUGAUACUGUUUUGACUGAUGAUGAGAAAGAGCACAUUUAUCUACUAGAAGCAGUUAUGGCUCAACAAGAGAUUAACUUGCCAGUCUACUUUGCUGAGUGGACUUCAGACUUUGAGUAUAUCAUCAAAGACCUACAACAUAGCUUUAUAACUGAUGAAAAAUCUGGAACUGCACUUGAAGCAAUGUUUAAUACCGUAUCAUCUAAUGGAUAUCAGAUAGUUGUGUCAACAUCAGCUGUGCAGAAAUUAGACUCAAAACCAACAUCACUGCAUGGAAAGUUAGUUGGUCGAGCUCCCUCUUCCCAAACUAUAGUGAUUGCUGCUCAUUAUGAUGCAUCAAGUGUUGUUCCAGAGUUAUCCUUCGGCGCUGAUUCCAACGCAUCGGGUGUCGUCGCACUACUGGAAUUAGCACGCGUUUUUUCACGACUAUACGGCAGUGCAGCAGUGCGCGGUGGUCCCUCUAUUCUCUUUGUGUUGGUGUCAACUGGACAUUCUCUGAAUUAUUUUACGACUAAGAAAUGGCUUGAAGAGCACUUGGAUACAGCUGAUUCGUCAUUAUUGCAGGAUGUUUCAUUUGUAAUGUGCCUGGACUCAAUAUCUUCCGGUCCACUUACAAUGCACGUGUCUAAACCGCCUAAACCCGGCACCGCGGCCCAUUCGAUCAAGUCUCGUCUCUCAGCGCCCUUCGUUCACAAGAAGAUCAACCUGGCUGACGAAUUACUCGCUUGGCAUCACGAACGAUUCAGUAUUAGACGGAUGACCGCGUUUACAUUAAGUUCUUUGCAGAGUCACAAGGAGGCACGCAAGUCAUCCCUUCUAGACUCAUACCAAGAAACAUCUAUGGACACAUUAGUAGAAAAUAUACGGAUUACGGCGCGUGCGCUCGCCUCUCACGUGUAUGACGUCACGAAUGAAACUAGUGGGGAGGACUCGGCCAUGUUUGAUGAGGCUUUGAACGUAGAUGAAGCUUCAGUGCGCAGUUGGUACAAAUACUUAUCGUCACAGGCGCGGGCGCCUCAUAUACUUACUGCUAGUACUGGAGGUGUGAACGCUGCAUUGGAGAGAGCAAUGUCUCGUUACAUGGAGGUCACCAGUUCGAUUCACGUUGUAGACAAAAGGGAACCCGAGUAUACAUUGUACGGACCAACGAAAGCUGUAUUAUAUGUUUAUAGUGUAAAACCAGCAGUGUUCGAUCUCAUUCUCACUUUGGCGAUAAUCGCCUAUCUAUCUCUAGUCUACUUUGCUAUACAAAUAUUCCCGCGUUUCUAUACGGAAUACGCAAAAAUUGUUACUGGUAAGGAGAAAGUGUACUAAGUCUUUAGGCCUCUUUAGUUCAGUAGUGCCAACGCAAGCGUGCUUCAAAUAAAACGACCUAUGUGAUUAAAAAAUUCGACAGCUCAAAUUCUUAAAAAUCAUGUUUUAUUACUCUGUUUAAACUAAAAAACUCUUGUCUUUUAAUGGCGUAAAAACUAUUUUAGAGAUAAAAGACUAUUGAAGUAUUAGACACUCAAAUAUUUGGUUCAUUUAACAUGUGAUCAUACACUUUGAAAAAUGUAUAUAAAACAUAAAUUUAUAAGUUUAAUUAUAAAUAGAAGCAAUACGCUCGAACAAUUGAACUAAGAGAUGGCCGAAUUGUAUUUUUUUAACACCAUAGACAAAUAAUAGAGAUAUUUAUCUGCCACCAAUGAUAAUGGUGGCAAACAAGUUUUGUCCUGCUCAUACAAAUACUAUGUAUUGUCUCAGUUUUGCAAAUUUCUAGGAUUCUCUAUUGUUCGUCUUUGGUCUACUAUCAAUGCUAUCAACAAUGAUAUGUGAUUCAACCAAAAACUUUUUUAAAACGAGUUCGAUAUUAAUAUAUAUUGGAAAACAUGAACUAAGCAUAUUAAAAGACAUUGACUUGAAAGCCUAUUUUUAAAGAGCAAUUUAAUUUAUUCUAUAACCUAUCACCGUGUUACAGCCUCUUAAACGGAAUAAAAAUUAUUAUGAAAAAUAUUUUCAUACUUUUUAUUUUAUUUGUUGGUUAUUGCUGUCUUAAAACUGUCCAAAUUUCUCAACACAAUUUAGUUUUUUGUGCGUAACCAUUUUUCUAUCAAAUAUAUCUUAAUCUUAAUAUCUCUCAGACGAUAUGAAUCAAAUAAUAUUGAUUUCAUAUUUGGAUCGGGAAAUUAAUAAAAUAAGUUACAUAUUUAUAGACAAGAUAUUAUAAUUAUAAAAUUUACAGUUAUCCACAUUAAAUUGAUUGAAUUUCAAUAGUUUUUAAAACCGCUUUGCAAAUAGAUGAAUUAUAUAUUUUACUAGUUUUUAAGUAAAACUAAUUUGGUCGCAAUGUGUUUUAUUUGCCGUCCUAAUGUUCCUUGGAUAUCAGUGAGAAUGGAUUAUAAUAAAUAUUACCUAUAUAUAAAAAUAUCUGGGCCGUUUUAAAAUUGGAAUGUCUUUUUGCGUAUAUAAAUUAUGAAUAAAAUUGUAUUAUAAUUAUAAACCUCAAACAGCUUAAAUUCUAUAUCACCUCAAUGCAGUUCAUACUAGAUUUAUAUAUUUCUUAUAGGAAAUCUAAUUUUAUUAUGUUUUGUUCUAGUACAAUCGUUUUACUUUUUUUUACUGCCUACUCUCAAGCUGUCUAUUGUUUAUAUUCUGUUUGUACUCGUGACAUAACUAUUUGAGGUUUAUAGUUUAUGGAUACGAACUAAAUAAUUAGUUCUAUAUUUAAAAAUCUAUUGGUGGUUUUUUUUAUUAAAAAAAGGAGAACAAUUUUACGUCCGGGUUCUUUAUAAUGUAACUUUCAGUUAUAGAAUCUAUGGAAAAGAACAAUCAUAUGCGCUUGUGUAUAGAAAACUUAUAGCAAUAAUGAAAUGUAUAUAAAUAAGCGGACGUAUAACAAAAAUUGUAUUUUUUUGUUUUGAAUUGGUAAUGGAGUUAAUAUUUUUAGAAUAAGUUAACAUAUUCAUACCAAGUGAAGGCUAGUCGCCACUUACCAGUUGUAUGCUUAUAAAGUACAUUAUUUACCGUUAUGUAAGUUAUUGCUCAGUUUUAUAAUACUUGAAUACAUUGUUAUGUUAAGUCCAUUAUUAUUUGUACGUUGGCAUUUAAACUUGGAGUAUUGUAAAAUUUCAAUUAAAAUUCGUGCUACCAGCAUUUAUUGGUUUUGGAUGAUGUGAAUUGAACAAAAUGUCAUGUGUAAACGGUGUAGUGAUUAGGAAUAAAUAAACAUCGUUUUUAAUAAA